GCCUCGGCCUCGGCCUCUCGAGGGCGCCCGCCCGCCCGCAGCCUCCGCCCGGGCCCCGAUCUCCUGGGCCGGAUCCAGCCGCCCGGCGCGUCAGACCACCCCGGCGUGAGUGUCGCUGAGCAUGUGCAGAGAGCCAGCCGGCGGGCAGGUCGAAGUCUUCAGAGCCCCAGCCUCAUGUCCUGCCGCUGGCACACCUGCGUUUCUCUAAUGCUGCCAGGUGUGUUUUUCCUCUAGCUUCACCCUCAGUUGUAAAGCCAUGUCUCAGGACAGAGGAGCGCGGCCUAAAGUGCGGCCAGACACAGGCACCGGAGGGCAGCACAGUGGCAGGCGGAAGGCCCGGCCCAGCCAUUCCUCCGAGAGGCAAAGGCGUGCCUCCCUGGAGGUGGACUCAGUAGGGGGAGGCGCCUGUCCAGCAGAGCCCAGCAGAGGGGUGGGGCGCUCCUUGCGCCAGAAGCUGCAGGCAGCCGUGGGCCACUGCUUCCCCCUCAAGAGUGCACCCCGCUCGCCUGACCUUUCCUCCCAGCGCAAGAUCCACCUUCGGGAGCUGAUGUUGGAUACCUGUCCUUUCCCACCAGGGUCGGAGCUGGCCCGCACCUGGAACCUUAUCAAGCAGCACACCGCACCUGUCUCUGAACACGAGGCCUUGGGGCCGCCUGCCCCAGAAGACGAAGACGAUCGCCUGAGAGCGCGGCGGCGCAUCAGCAUAGAGCAGGGGGUGGAGCCCCCGCCAGAUGCUCUGAUCCACACUUUUGAGGUCACAGCUCAAAUCAAUCCCCUCUACAAAUUAGGGCCCAAGCUGGCCCAUGGCAUGAAUGAACUGGCGGGGGCCAGCCGGGGCAUGCUAACAGUGGCGGAUGAAGGGGACGAGGAGGAGGAAGCGGAAGCCGUGUGUGCUGUGCUGCCAGACAUGAGGGACGGCUUUCGGGUGCACACACAGAUCGAUUAUAUCCACUGCCUGGUGCCCGACUUGCUUCAGCUGACCCAGCUGCCCUGUUAUUGGGGCGUCAUGGAUCGCUAUGAGGCCGAGGCCCUGUUGGAAGGGAAGCCAGAGGGCACGUUUCUCCUGCGGGACUCUGCCCAGGAGGACUACCUCUUUUCUGUGAGCUUCCGGCGCUACGGGCGGUCCCUCCACGCCCGCAUCGAGCAGUGGAACCACAACUUCAGCUUCGAUGUGCAUGACCCCAGUGUCUUUCACGCUCCCACUGUGACAGGACUGCUGGAGCACUACAAGGACCCCAGUGUGUGCAUGUUCUUUGAGCCGCUGCUCUCCAUCCCGGUGAACCGCACGUUCCCUUUCAGCUUGCAGCACCUCUGCCGGGCUGUGGUGACCUGCUGCACCACUUACGAUGGGAUCGGGCACCUGCCCAUCCCCAGCGCCCUGAAGGAAUACCUCAAGGAGUACCACUACAAGCAGAGAGUGAGGGUCCGCAGGCUGGACACUUGGUGGACCUGAGCAGGGAAUCGGCCCGCCCGAAUCAUCAACACUUGUGGCCCCCACCCCACCCAUGUUUUUUCCACGGUUGUGAAAAUUGUGUUGUUUUUAUGAUCCCCACAUUUGACAUCUCUCCAAAACCCGUAAAGGAGCAAAAGCAAGAAGUCCAAGGCAGACCGCGCGCACGCGCGCACACAAACCCGAAGCAUUCGGUGCACCCUCCCCCAAGAUCUUCCAGCCCAGGACAGGGCCAUUUAGCAGAGUCCUUGUGCCAGAUCUGGGACAGCUUUGGUGGGGCUGUCCCAAAAGUUAGGCCAGCCCACGGUAGGUGCAGAGGACAAAUUCAUGGCAGAACUAGCUGCCUGGAAAUUGAGAGGGUGCACAGGCAACCAGCCUCGUCCUUUCCCUUUCAUUCCCACCUCGCCCCCAGCACCAAAAGCCUCGCACAUCCAUCACUUCUCGCUUCCCAAGGCCACCAUCACAGGGGCUUAUGGGAAACAGAGUGACAGAAAGCACAAUGUGUGUGUGGCCUGAUCCUCCCCCCCCCCAAACUUUUGCUGUUCUUGUAUGGGUAGAGCUGCCCCAAUCUGAGCUAGGGGGGCAGCUACCCAGAGGGCCACAGUGGAAAGGACAGCGAGCCUCUUGGUUACAGUUCAGGCCCAGCACAGCCGCCUGCUUCAUCCAGUCCCCGCAAAGUCACACAGGUGUGCGGAUCAGUCAAACGAGCGGUGGCAGGUAGGGCACCGUGUGCUUUGUGAAGGGCAGGUGGCAUAGAGGACGCUGGGAACAUGACACCCACACCUCUACGUGGCUGGCAGAUGCUUCUCCCCACCUACUGUGCACAUCUCUAAAGAAAAUGGUGUCUUUAAGUGUGCAUUGUGAACUCUUUGCUUCCAGUGCUGUUGAAUUUCCCUCAGUAGAAUGAAGUGAGAACCUAAGUGAGAAACUAGCUAAGAGAAGGCUGUACAGGCUUCCGUUAGCUUGCCUAAGGGCAACGGCAGCCCUAGCUGGCCUCUGCCCCCAGCUAGAAGCCCCCACUCUGCCCUGUUCUUUCCUGAGAAGCUGAUCCUGGUGGUUUAGACGUCUGCUAUGAGGGCAACAAUCAAGCAUGUUUGCCCUGCAAGAACAGCCACAGCGAGGGUUUGAAUACAGUAAGAUUCCUCCAGUCAGGGGAGGCCCAAGCUCUCUCAUCCACCUCUCCUCUACUCCCAUAAGAGACUUCUGACUACCAAGCAGUGCCACAGACUAGAGUUUGUCCCCCCCCCCCCCGCUUCCAAACCAGUGUUCCAAACUUCCCAGCUCAAAGGGGGAACAGGCUGUGGUAGGGCAGUCCACGCCCUGUUCCCCUCCUGCACAUGGCCCAUGGCAGCAGGGCAAUGCCCAUUAGGGACAAAGGGGCCAGCUUGCACUUUCCACCUCAGGCACCAAAAUAUCUCUUGCAAGGGGGGAGACACUGCUUGCAGCAGCAGGCAGCAGAACAUUUUGUACCCAAAGAGCAAAGGCUCCCAUGUUUGGGGGCCUGACUGGAAAAAUUAAUGCACAAGCCCACACUGAAUCCAACCAGGUUUAAACCCCUGUUGUGCAGCUGAACAGAGCUCCAGCUUCCAGGUCAAAAGCCAUCCCCCUCUUGCACACACUGCUCUCCACACAAGAGCCACCCCAAAAUGCCAUCUGCUGGCAUCAUGCUAAAGACUAGACAAGCAGGCAAAAAGGAAAGCAUGGAACUUGCUUAGGAACCAGUUUUUAACGCCGAUGCCUACCACCACCCCUGCCAAGGGCCCAGAAAAUCCGCCACUGCAGACCUCUUCCAUGGCGAGCCUGUAUGAACAGGAACAAGCUAGAGCUUAACAAGAACAAAGCUGAGGAGAACCUGCCCCCCCCCCAGACCUUACGUGGAGAACUAGAGCUCCCUUUGGGGUAGGCAGGCAUUGCCCUCCCAACCAUGCAAGUGCCCUCUUUGGGCAGCUCCCUGGCCUUGGGAGGACGAGCAGAGACCAGGCAUCAGCAACAGCAGCUGGAAGCUGCCAGGGAAUUCCCCUCCCCCAAGAAGCUGGGCCAUAGGCCUAAGGCACCAGUCGGGCUCUCUGGCCCUCCACAUUUACUCAUGUGAAGCAAGCGGGGGGGGGGGGCAACAGAAUCCUUUUGACACUUGCCUGUGCCUGACUGCUACAGGGAAGAGCAGCUACAGUGGCAAAGCAGCCUGGGAGGGGAGGCUGGCUAUCCUCCAGAAAAACCUGGGCUAAUUUGAACAACCACUUGUGGUUCUCCCAGAGAACCGCUAAAAUGCACCUGAAGGUUUCUGAAGAAGGGCGCUCUGACUUUCGAAAGAUGGCACCCUGAAAAUCUUGGUCUCUAAGCUGCACUGGACUCAAAGCCUGCUGCUGUAAAAUGCACCUUAAUGGUGACGGCUCUUCCUUGAAUGUCAUUUCUUCUCUGGGUGGAAAUGCUCACGCAGGACACUCUACUCCCUCCAUUAGCACAUCUACCACAGAAUGGGGAGGAGAGAGCGCCUGCUUCUUCCUUGUUAAAAAGGGUCUUUAAAUAGAGAGAAAUUCUUAAGCACUGAAAGGCCAUGAGAGCGGACGACCAGGUGGUUGUGCCCGAGGCAGGAUCACGGUUCGCCUUCCUCUGAGGAACCAAACUGGGGGUCCUGUGCCACUUUAGAGGAGGAUUUAGCCAUUCGAAUGCCACGAGAUCCUGAUAAGGCCUGCAUCACCAGGCAAUCGAGGCCUGGCCCUUGUGGCAAAUUUAAAAUGGCUGACGGCGGCAACUCGACAGCACUUUCGCACACACAAUUCUCAGUGGCUGAUGAAAUGCCCAGUGAGGCCCUGACACAGGGAAAAUCACACUGGCCUGCUAUCCCACCCAUGCGCCAGUGAAAUAAACGACCCCCAAGCCCAGCCUGGCUCAGGUCGGCCCUUCGCAACAGUGCCCUAAAGCUGCCCCCGUGGAGGACGGGCUGCUGCUGGCCACGAGCAGUCCUGCAGAGCAGGAAGGUGGCCUUGUUAUCCUCCGUCCACGUGAGCGCAGAGGAGUUGCUGCAGCUGUACCACUUCCGGUAUCUUAUCUGGAAAUGCAUGUUUGCCUCUUCCCACC